AUGCACGACUACGCAAAGUCUCAGCUUGAGCUUACGCGCAAAACUCAAAUCGGAAAGAAAUUGGCCUAUAUGCUGAGGUAUGGAGCGCUGAGGGAAGGUCUGGACGUCACUGGUGACGGAUACGUUUCACUGACUGAGCUGUGUGAACAUCCGCUUUUCGCCUGUUUGUCUACCGAAGAAUUGCUCAGAGAAAUUCGACUUGAUGCAAAACGCUUUGAACUGAUGGCCAAAGAAAGCCAGUACAAAGUACGGGCUCGAUACGGGCGAAAGUUUCUUAAGAGCCCAUAUCAUGAAGGUACGAAAGUGAAGCGUUUGCUGGAAAUACUCAUCGUAUUUAUACGAAAGCACAUACAGCUCUACGACUUCGAGGAAUUUCCCGACGGCUACCUAAUAAGUCUAAUUAUCAAGCGCUUGAAGCUUGAUCGGGAUCUCUCAGACAAGGUUUUGCGGCAGCUUCUUUGUCCGGCAAUUUCCCAUCUGGACUUAUGCAAUGCAUUCGUUAACAAGGGAACCAUUGCGCUCAUCCCUACGAAGUGUCCUUAUGUCACUUGGCUCAGCUUCAGAGGUUUGGGAUUCGUUAUAACGGAUCACGUUCUGGCGUUGGCACUUAAAGUAUGCACCUUUCGAUUGUGA